UUUAAAGCUUACCGCGAAAUGGUCAAAGAACUACAAUUAUUACGAGAUAUGACAAUGUCACCUAACGUGCUACAAUUCUAUGAGGAACCUGAUGGUAUGAACUCGAUGUCAGUUGUCCACGGACAUCCACCAUACGUCGAGCCACUGUGUUUUAAAGGAAACUACUGGCCUGAUGCAAGAUCCGAUAUUUAUAGUCUUGGAGUGGUUUUAUGGGAAUUAUCUAGUGGUCGACCACCAAUGACACAGAUCAGUCCAUCAGCAAUAGGAUAUAAUGUUGUAAUGGGCAUGCGUGAAUCUCCAAUUAUAGGAACACCAGACAGCUAUGUGCAGUUAUAUACAGAAUGUUGGGAUGGCAAACCAGAAAAUCGACCAAAUAUCGAUAGUGUUUAUGAUAGAAUAAAAUUUAUUGAGUGGCCAGAAGAGACUGAUGAUGUGAAGAAUUUAAAUAUGGAAUUUUCAGAUUCAAUAUCGAGUUCUAUCUCUGAAUUAAUAACCCAAGAAAAGUAUUAUAAACAAUAUCCCAAUUUGGCUGGCUUUAGCUAUCAGGCAGGGCUUGGGACAGAGAUGGAUUCCAUUAAGGCAAAACCCUUUUAUGAAAUGUUUGCACAAAAUAAUAAUCAUUGGUUGCUCG